AGUGUGCCGAAAGGAGCGCGUUUCGCCCCAUCCGACGCGGUAGUGGCUUCACCUUUAAGGCGGCGCGGGGAUUGCUGGGAAGGCCGGCGGGAUGGAGGCGGCGGGACCGGCUCACGGCUGCGGGUCCUGGUGAAGCGGGGCGGGAGCCGGAGCCGGAGCCGGAGCGGAAGCCGGGCCGAGCGGGAGGCGCAGGCCCGGCGCCCGCCUGCCGCCCCUUCUCCUUCGCAGGCGGUGCGGCCAUGGCCACGAUGGUGCUUCCACGGGAGGAGAAGCUGAGCCAGGAUGAGAUCGUGCUGGGCACCAAGGCCGUCAUCCAGGGGCUGGAGACCCUGCGCGGGGAGCAUCGUGCCCUGCUCGCCCCUUUGGUUGCGCAUGAGGCUGGUGAGACCGAGCCCGGCUCGCAGGAGCGCUGCGUCCUCCUACGUCGCUCCCUGGAAGCCAUAGAGCUGGGGCUGGGGGAGGCCCAGGUGAUCCUGGCGCUGUCGAACCACCUGGGGGCCGUGGAGUCGGAGAAGCAGAAGUUGCGGGCUCAGGUGCGGCGCCUGGUGCAGGAGAACCAGUGGCUGCGUGAGGAGCUGGCGGGGACGCAGCAGAAGCUGCAGCGCAGCGAGCAGGCUGUGGCCCAACUCGAGGAGGAGAAGCAGCACCUGCUGUUCAUGAGCCAGAUCCGCAAGCUGGAUGAGGACACCUCCCCCAACGAGGAGAAGGGGGAGGUCCCCAAAGACUCUCUGGAUGACCUGUUUCCCAAUGAGGAGGAGCAGAGCCCAGCCCCCAGUCCUGGAGGAGGAGAUGUGGCCGCCCAGCAUGGAGGCUACGAAAUCCCGGCCCGGCUCCGCACCCUGCACAACCUAGUGAUCCAGUACGCCUCGCAGGGCCGCUAUGAGGUGGCCGUGCCGCUCUGCAAGCAGGCACUCGAGGACCUGGAGAAGACGUCGGGCCACGACCACCCUGAUGUGGCCACCAUGCUGAACAUCCUGGCACUGGUGUAUCGGGACCAGAACAAGUACAAGGAGGCUGCUCAUCUGCUCAACGAUGCCCUGGCCAUCCGGGAGAAGACGCUGGGCAAGGACCACCCAGCUGUGGCCGCAACGCUGAACAACUUGGCAGUUCUGUACGGCAAGCGGGGCAAGUACAAGGAGGCAGAGCCACUGUGCAAGCGGGCGCUGGAGAUCCGGGAGAAGGUCCUGGGCAAAUUCCACCCUGAUGUGGCCAAGCAGCUGAGCAACCUGGCUCUGCUGUGCCAGAACCAGGGCAAGGCCGAGGAAGUCGAGUACUACUACCGGCGGGCCCUGGAGAUCUACGCCACCCGCCUCGGGCCGGACGACCCCAACGUGGCCAAGACCAAGAACAACCUGGCCUCCUGCUACCUAAAACAGGGCAAGUACCAGGAUGCUGAGACCUUGUACAAGGAGAUCCUCACGCGCGCUCACGAGAAGGAGUUUGGCUCUGUCAAUGGGAACAACAAGCCCAUCUGGAUGCACGCAGAGGAACGGGAGGAGAGCAAGGAUAAGCGCCGGGACAGCACCCCAUAUGGGGAAUACGGCAGCUGGUACAAGGCCUGCAAAGUAGACAGCCCCACGGUCAACACCACCCUGCGCAGCUUGGGGGCCCUGUACCGGCGGCAGGGCAAGCUAGAAGCCGCACACACACUGGAGGACUGCGCUAGCCGUAGCCACAAGCAGGGCCUGGACCCUGCGAGUCAGACCAAGGUGGUGGAGCUGCUGAAAGAUGGCAGUGUUGGGCGCGGAGACCGCCGCAGCAGCCGAGACAUGGCCGGAGGGGCCGGUCCUCGGGCCGAGUCUGACCUGGAGGACCCAGGGCCCUCAGCCGAGUGGAGCGGGGACGGCAGCGGUUCCUUGCGGCGCAGCGGCUCCUUCGGGAAGCUCCGGGAUGCCCUGAGGCGCAGCAGUGAGAUGCUGGUGAAAAAGCUGCAGGGAGGUGGCCCCCAGGAGCCCCCUAACCCCAGGAUGAAGCGGGCCAGCUCCCUCAACUUUCUCAACAAGAGUGCAGCGGAGGCAGGCCAGCCUGGAGGCGCGGGCCUGUCUGACAGCCGCACCCUCAGCUCCAGCUCCAUGGACCUCUCCCGGCGACGCUCCCUCGUGGGCUGAUGCUGAAGGGGCAGCCGGUCGCCAGAGCCUCCACCGGCACUGCCCCCCAGCCCUGCGCAUGGGCCUGCUGCUUGCCCCGCCUGUCUUUCCCAAGGACCCCCGUCUUUUCUGUUCAAUCUCAGGGUAACCUCCUCCCUUGUCAUCUCAGCCUGAGCCCUGGAAGCUGGGCCUGCCCGCUCCAGCCCCACCCCUUAUUUAUUCCUAACAGCAGGGCCCCUCUUCCUAAGCUGCUGGGACAGUGGGAAGGGCUGGCCAGGUCUCUUAAGGUAGAGACUCAGCGGCUGCCCUCCCCAGACCCCGGAGCUAGGAACACCGAGCACCUGCGGUCCUUUCAGCACCCUGCCCUCCCCCGGCCGUUGCUUCU